CUUACAGACUAUACAUGUCACAUGAUUCGCGCUUACGCACUCUACGUCGAUCGAGCUUAGUCGUUUCAGUUACAAAUCGUGAAUUAAACUUAACGCAAAUCGGAGUGACCAUUUUCCGGGAUGACUGCGGUCAAGAAGGCGCUAGCCAUGCGCCAGCUGGAUUCCAUGUUCGGCAGCAUGACGCUGCAGGGCGAGGGUCGGCACUCGCCGCUCGUCAGUUCGGUCAUCGAGCACGACCCCCACUGUGACGUGCACGGUCGCUGCAGCACGCCCUAUCGAUCCUCGAUUUACCUUCACAGCAGAGAAUCCACCCCCGGCUAUUAUGGAGACUCCGUGUCACCGACGAGCGGGCUUAUAAUCAGGCGUCGAGAUUCCCUCGGGAUGUCGGGCUCGCCGGUCAGAGAGCUCGAGCACCCGUCGUCGUUCCCGAGUCUGCUUCGUCGCGACCGGCACAGCCCGUCGCAGACGCCGCCGCGCAGAGAGACUCCCAGUCCUACAUACAGAUCUUAUACCAAGAGACAUUCCAUGGGCUCGUUUCCGAAUUUGAGCAAAAGCAAUAUCAUUAAUUACAACAGAAGAGACUCUUCCUCCGGUAAUGGGGUGAGAGAGAUGAAGAGAGAUUACGUCGGUUCGACAAAUUCUCUGUCCAGGAAAAGUUCUAUUGACACAAAGAAGUCCUCGACUGACUCAUUGGACAUGUGGCAUACUUGGGACUCGGACAGACGCGACUCGGUGUCCUCACUCGUUCAUGACGACAUCAUCACGAAUGGAUACAAUAAGGUAAUUAUUUGCAACAGUAAGCGCCUGUUUCAGGCCUGCACAAAUACGAUCGGACGUUUAAAUAGGUGA